UCCUGUUAUCAUCAGACGACAAACGCUUGGUGCAAAAUCGUUCACGAAAGUCGUUAACUUUUCUGUGGAUUUCCCUGGACCUGCGUAUUUAUUAACCUUUAAGGGACACUCCGGGGUUUCCUCUUAAGCCCACCAUAUGCGGGUCAAAGACGGAGAGCAGCCCGCCAUGGAAGAGGGCGUACCUGCAGAUGCCGUGGGCAGAAGAAUAGCGUGCGAUGGGGAGAUUGCCACCGUCCUCUUCGUUGGCAUGGUGCCUCCGACAAAAGGUCUGUGGCUUGGGGUGGAGUGGGACAAUCCAGAACGAGGCAAACAUGAUGGAUGCCAUGAGGGAGUCCGUUACUUUACCUGCAGUCACCCUACAGGGGGGUCGUUUGUUCGUCCGAAGAAGGCCAGCUUCGGUGUGGACUACGUGACUGCAUUAAAGCUUCGCUACGAGAGGGAGAGGGAGGGUACCGAACCCGUCAUCAAGGGUAUAGCAGUCGACUAUAGGUAUCAGAAGCUUUCCAACAAACAGAAGGCGGAAAAUCUCAGAGAAGUGGCCUUGCGGCGCUGUGAGGUCUGGGGUGCCACACCUGGGGAUGACAUCAAGAACACCACACCAGAUGUGGAGUUCCUGGACCUUUCCCAUAACCUGCUGUGGUCCUGGGAGCCACUGGCCGCCAUCACAGAGCAGCUGCCAGAGCUGACAGGACUGCAUCUGGGGUACAACAGGCUGAGCGUUCCCUCCGACCCUUCAUCUCUGAGGCACGCCUUCGCCAACCUCAAGGUCCUGAUCCUGCAAGGCUGUGGCCUCACCUGGCCCCAGGUGCUGCAGUGUGCUGGCAUGUGGCCCCAGGUGGAAGAGCUCUACCUCGAACGCAACAACAUCACUCAACUGCAGCGGCCUGUUGAUGUUCUCCAAUCCUUGACCACGCUGGACCUCACCAACAACCCCAUCGCUUCAGAAACACUCCCAGAAAUCAGCGCUCUGUCUGGGCUGAAGACUCUUGUUCUUGCCGACACUGGUCUGUCGACUAUAGAGUUCAACGACGUCCCAGCAGGUUCCAAGACGGCGAUGUUCCCCGCCCUGCAGAAUCUGGCACUCAGGGACAACAACAUCACUGAGUGGCGUGUGUUGAAUGAGUUGGAGAAGCUGGCUAGCCUGGAGCACCUGAUGGUGCAGAGGAACCCCCUGAUUGAGUCUGGCGAGAGGAACCCUGAGACCGCCUGGCAGAUCACCAUCGCACGCAUAGGCCAGCUACACACACUCAACAGUAGACAGAUUGACCCUGUGGAGAGGAGGGGUGCGGAGCGGGACUACCUCAAGAUGUUUGGCAAGCAGUGGCUGGAGUCCGGCGGGCACUGGGACCCAGAGAAGAACAACCCCGGGGCUGCCUUCCUCGCAGAGCACCCGCGCUACCUAGCUCUAAUACAGAAACAUGGAGCCCCAGACGAGGGGGAACUGGUCACCAAGAAACCCUUCGCUCUCAAGAACCAACUCCUGAACCUGACGUUCACCUGUCCCGAUGACACUGACAGGAAGCCUAUUCCGAAGAAACUACCAUGCUCUAUGGAGCUUCAGAAGGUGAAAGGUUUGCUGCACAGGCUCCUGAAGCUGCCAGGGGUGGACCUACACCUCAGCUACACUGGCACACGGAUGGAAGGUGCUGAAGUAGAGAUGGAUAAUGACCUGAAGGAGCUUCAGUUUUACUCCAUAGAGGACGGAGACAGCAUACUGGUGCGCUGGUCGUGACAGCCAUGAUACACACACACACACACACACACACACACACACACACACACACACACACACACACACACACACACACACACACAAAGAUGGCCUUAAUAUGCGAGGCCCAAAGCAUCUCCACAGUCCUUUCAAUCCUGGAGAACUGGAAGAGGACUGUCAGAAAGAAAGAAAUUACGGACCAAGGAGAAAGCGAACAAUCACAGUGACUUCACAGCAGACUACCAUCUUUUCCUUCAAGUCUUAACAAAUGUUCUAUGUUUGCUUGCCUUCUUGUCAAUUAGUUACUGCUAAUAGAAUCACACUCACACUGCUGAAAGUAAGCAAAUACUAGUCUCAUAGCACUGGGUACAUUCUAGGGCUGCACAAUAUAUCGAAAAUGUAUCGAAAUCGCGAUAUCAAGAGUGGCGAUAUGCAUAUCGUGAAAAUGACUUAAUUAUCGCAAACAAGUAAAACAUUUAUGUGCAGUCCAAUCACCAGCUGAAUAUCAGCUAACGCGGAAGAAGCCUGCCAUGACCACAGCCACGCCCCCCACACAGACCGAGAAAUCAGUGACAAGAAAAAAACUCGGCUAUAUUUCUAAAUAUCGUUUAAAUAUCGUUAUCGAGGUAUUGCAUGCUGUUAUAGAGUAUCGAUUUUUUUUCUGAUAUCGUGCAGCCCUAGUGCAUUCCCAGCUAAUUAAAGAAAAAAGGUUUUACGAUUCCAUGAGGUGUUUUCCUGAUAAAGCACGUCACCCUGGAAACGUGCUCUGUGUCAUUGCUUGAAAGAAAAGCUUGUCAUUGAUCGCUUGGAGAUGGUCUGUGCUGUGUCUUUCGUUAUCCACGUCUGGAUGGCUGCAAUGGAGUAUUAUCUGCUUUGAAGCUCAAAUGAACAUUGAUUUGGCAUUGCCUGCGUCAAUCUGUUGGCAAAUCGUUUGGGUGUAUUUGGAUUUCACAGACAUGGAGAAAUACGUUCUGAAAAGGAAGGUAUUUUGAUGUUGUUGUUUUUUUAAUGUCCUCUCAUGUCUUUGAUUUUAAAUAAAUAUAUGAAGCACUA